UUUCGUCGCGGGGGUCCGAUCGUACAGGAAAGCAGGAGGCUCGGCACCCCGCUGAGUGAAACCCUUCGGAGCGCGAAGUACACGAUUCCUUGUACCCCUCCGCCCCCCCUCGUGCGUGGUGCUGGUGGUGCGUUUGUCGUGCGUGCGUUUGCGAAUUUCUACGUCGAGAGUUCGCUGAUUUGUGAAGUGAAAGUGAAACGUUAAAGCAAGGUGCGCUUGCGCGAGGAACGUCGGCGAGCGGUCUGGUCUGGUCUGGGUGCCAUCCGAUCAGCAGUGGGUGAUCGUCGGCGCCCUACGACGGUUCGGCCCUCCGACGUCGGCAUCACCGUCGUCGUCGUCGACGUCGUUCUCGACAAGGCGAAGAGGCCGGGAGCCCGUAUAGGGACGGGAGCAUGCCGUCCACGCGGAACUGCGUAUGACCGUUUCGAGCAUCGACAAGGGUGCCUCGGACACCAAGUGAUCCGCACGCACACCCGCGUACACGUACGCACGCACGAGCGCGCAGGGGGUGACGCAGACGGAGGAGACUCGUCGCGUGGAAGCGCGCCGAAGGGAUGGCCGACAGCGAGGGUGGCUCCGAGCAGGACGACGUAUCAUUCCUCCGCACGGAGGAUAUGGUAUGCCUGUCCUGUACCGCAACAGGAGAGAGGGUCUGCCUGGCAGCCGAGGGUUUCGGCAAUCGACACUGUUUCCUCGAGAAUAUCGCGGAUAAGAACAUACCGCCGGACCUGUCGCAAUGCGUGUUCGUGAUAGAGCAGGCCCUCUCGGUGAGGGCCUUGCAGGAACUGGUCACCGCUGCCGGCUCCGAGACGGGAAAGGGCACCGGGUCGGGACACAGGACCUUGUUAUACGGUAACGCCAUAUUAUUGCGACAUCUUAACAGCGACAUGUACCUGGCGUGUCUGUCCACGAGUUCGUCGAACGAUAAGCUAGCCUUCGACGUCGGUCUACAGCAACACUCUCACGGCGAGGCGUGUUGGUGGACCGUGCACCCCGCCUCCAAGCAGAGAUCCGAGGGUGAGAAGGUGCGCGUGGGUGACGACCUUAUCCUCGUUUCUGUCGCCACCGAACGAUAUUUGCACACGACGAAAGAGAACGACCUCUCGGUGGUAAACGCGUCUUUUCAUGUGACACAUUGGUCGGUGCAGCCCUAUGGCACGGGUAUCAGUAGGAUGAAGUACGUCGGUUACGUCUUCGGCGGCGAUGUAUUGAGGUUCUUCCACGGCGGCGACGAGUGUCUGACCAUUCCAUCGACAUGGAGUCCAACACCCAGUCAGAACCUCGUAAUCUACGAGGGCGGUAGCGUAAUGAGCCAGGCGAGAUCGUUAUGGAGAUUGGAACUCGCGAGGACGAAAUGGGCAGGCGGCUUCAUUAACUGGCUGCAUCCAAUGAGGAUCAGGCAUUUGACGACCGGACGUUAUCUCGGCGUAAAGGAGAACAACGAGCUCUAUCUGGUCGAUAGGAACGAGGCGACAAUUGAAACCUCGACGUUCUGGCUACGGCAGGAGAAGGAUGAUCAGAAGAUCGUUCUUGAGGACAAGGAUCUGGAGGUUAUUGGAAUGCCAAUUAUCAAGUAUGGUGACUCCACCGUUAUUAUGCAACAUGCCACCACGUGCCUCUGGGUGUCUUAUAAGUCAUACGAAACGAAAAAGAAGGGUGUUGGAAAAGUUGAAGAGAAACAGGCGGUACUUCACGAAGAGGGUAAGAUGGACGACGGUUUAGAUUUCUCCAGAUCGCAGGAAGAGGAAUCUCGCACUGCCCGCGUCAUCAGAAAGUGCAGUAGCUUGUUUACUCAAUUCAUCACAGGCCUAGAAACGCUGCAGGUGAAUAGAAGGGCAUCCAUGUUUUUUCAAAACGUGAAUCUUAACGAGAUGGUGAUGUGUCUGGAAGACUUGAUCAAUUACUUUGCUCAACCCGAAGAUGACAUGGAACACGAAGAAAAGCAGAACAAAUUCCGAGCUCUCAGGAAUCGUCAGGAUCUAUUCCAAGAGGAGGGCAUACUAAACUUGAUUCUCGAAGCUAUCGACAAGAUUAACGUGAUUACUUCGCAAGGAUUUCUCGUCGCUCUUUCCGGAGAUGAGAGUGGCCAGGCUUGGGAUCAGAUAUCCGGGUAUCUCUAUCAGCUGUUAGCGGCCAUUAUCAAGGGAAAUCACACCAACUGCGCCCAGUUCGCCAAUAGUAAUCGUCUGAAUUGGCUGUUCAGUCGAUUGGGUUCGCAGGCUUCCAGCGAGGGAACCGGAAUGCUGGAUGUACUUCACUGCGUCCUGAUUGAUUCACCGGAAGCUUUGAACAUGAUGAGGGACGAGCAUAUAAAAGUAAUUAUCUCUCUGCUGGAGAAACACGGUAGAGAUCCAAAAGUCCUGGACGUCUUGUGUUCACUGUGCGUCGGUAACGGCGUCGCGGUGCGCUCUUCGCAAAAUAACAUUUGCGACUUUUUGCUGCCUGGAAAAAAUUUGCUUCUCCAAACGCAACUAGUGGAUCACGUGGCGAGCGUUAGGCCAAAUAUAUUUGUCGGCAGAGUCGAAGGCUCGGCUCUUUAUCAAAAGUGGUAUUUCGAGGUAACGAUGGACCACAUUGAACAGACGACUCACAUGAUGCCACACUUGAGGAUUGGAUGGGCGAACACCGCUGGUUAUAUGCCGUAUCCUGGUGGUGGUGAGAAGUGGGGCGGAAACGGCGUCGGCGAUGAUCUGUACUCGUUCGGAUUCGACGGUUCUUACCUAUGGACCGGUGGUAGGAAGACGCAGGUGGUCCAGAAUGCCACCGAGCCUUACAUACGAAAGAGCGAUGUGAUAGGGUGCGCCUUGGAUCUGACGGUGCCGGUGAUAACGUUCACAAUGAAUGGCACUGGCAUUCUUGGUUCUUUUCGGAACUUCAAUUUAGACGGCAUGUUCUUCCCCGUUAUCAGCUGCUCGUCCAAACUCUCAUGCAGAUUUCUCCUGGGCGGCGAUCACGGCCGAUUGAAGUUCCAGCCCCCGGAGGAGUUCUCGCCACUGGUGGAGAGCCUACUGCCGCAGCAGAUUUUAUCGUUGGAUCCAUGUUUCUACUUCGGUAACAUGAACAAGGUAGUCCUAGCGGGUCCGUGGCUUGUCGAGGACGACACCGCCUUUGUUCCGGCUCCGGUCGAUACUUCCAUGGUCAACCUACCCGCCUACGUCGAGCAGAUCAGAGACAAAUUGGCUGAAAACAUUCACGAGAUGUGGGCGAUGAACAAGAUCGAGGCCGGUUGGAUCUAUGGCGAGGUCAGGGACGAUCUUAGAAAAAUACACCCCUGUAUAGUACAGUUCGAGCGAUUACCAGCCGCGGAAAAACGUUACGACACUCAACUGGCCGUGCAAACCCUGAAGACCAUUUUGGCACUGGGCUAUUAUAUUACCAUGGACAAGCCACCGUCGAGGAUAAAGACUUUAAGGCUUCCAAAUGAGCCGUUUCUGCAGAGCAGUGGUUAUAAACCAGCGCCGCUUGAUCUGUCCGCGAUCACAUUAACCCCGAAGAUGGAGGAGCUCGUUGAUCAACUGGCGGAGAAUACGCACAAUCUUUGGGCGAAGGAAAGGAUCAGUCAAGGAUGGACGUACGGAUUGAACGAGGAUUCGGAGAUGAGAAGAAGUCCUCACUUGGUGCCGUAUCCAAAGGUAGAUGAAGCUAUCAAGAAAGCCAAUCGGGAUACGGCCAGCGAAACUGUCAGGACCCUAUUGGUUUACGGAUACAUGCUUGAUCCACCCACUGGAGAACAGCACGAGGCAUUGCUUUUGGAGGCCAGCAGAUUACGACAAUUAUCCUUCAGGACUUACAGAGUCGAGAAGCAUUACGCGGUCAGCAGCGGAAAAUGGUAUUUCGAGUUCGAAGUUCUCACAGCCGGACCUAUGCGAGUCGGUUGGGCGAUAGCUGAUUGUAUGCCAGGAAGUAUGCUGGGCAGUGAUGAAAGUACUUGGGCAUUUGAUGGUUACAACGUGACCAAAGUGCACGCUGGCACCCACGAGUCAUUUGGUCACAAAUAUCAAGUGGGCGACAUAGUUGGAUGUUUCAUUGACGUGGCAGACCGAACGAUCAGUUUCUCCUUGAAUGGAGAAUUAUUAAUGGAUGCCCUCGGCGGUGAAACUUCUUUUGCCGACGUUCAAGGCGACUCUUUCGUGCCUGCGUUCACCCUUGGCGUCGGUCAAAAGGCAAAAUUAACAUUCGGCCAGGAUGUGAACACUCUGAAAUUUUUCACCACUUGCGGUUUGCAGGAGGGCUACGAACCUUUCUGCGUGAACAUGAACCGUUUGGUCACAUACUGGUACACGAAGGAUCAGCCAAUUUUCGAGAACACCGACGACAUGGCUGACACGCGAAUCGACGUGGCUAGGAUACCAGCUGGUUCCGACACGCCACCGUGUCUGAAAAUCUCUCACAAUACGUUCGAAACCAUGGAGAAGGCUAAUUGGGAAUUUCUAAGAUUGUCGUUGCCCGUGAUCUGCCAGUCCGAGUUCGUAACGGAGGGUGAAAAGUUGCGAAGGUGGCAGGAAAUUAAAAUGCUACAAAAGAGACUUUUAGUCGAACAAGUUGAGCAAGGGCAACAGGCAGCACCAUCAGCUCACAUGGAGCAGAUGUUGAAAUCCGGCUUCAGUAUGAGUGACAUCAAAGGGCUGCAAAGAAAUUAUUCGGAAGAUGCGGCCGAGGCAGACGAGAUGAUGAAAGAAUCGCCGCUUCCUAUGCAAAGAGGUAAACCUGCUAGACCGCCCAGGAAAGGUUCACUUUAUGGAUCACGUUUGGAUAACGCGAUCGGUGACGCCGAAAUAAAUGGAUAUGGCGAGAUGAACGGUGACAUGAAGGACGACAAGAAGAAAAGCCGCGGGCGUUCGCCUUUCCGCAAGCUUAGCAAAGAGAUGGAGGAUGUACCGUUCUUCUCGCGCAAAACAAAAUCACCAGACGCAAAAUCGAAAACGCCUGAGCCGCAAAUUCGCGCGGACAUCUCAGAUAAAAGUACAAAAACAUUAAGUGCCAAAACUCCACAAAUUCGUGUCUCAACGACGGAUUUGAAAGUCGUUCCGCCGCAAAUCCCGGAGCGUAACGUUCCCAAGGCAAUGUCCGUUUUAACCGGAAGUGGUGUCGAGGCGAUCGGCAAUGAAAUUUUCGACGCCGAGUGCAUGAAGCUGAUGAACGAGUAUUUCUAUGGCGUCAGGAUAUUCCCCGGUCAGGAUCCCACACACGUUUACGUUGGCUGGGUCACCUCGCAGUAUCACUUGCACACGAAGGACUUUAAUUUAUCCCGCGUGAGGAAAGCCUCUGUCGCGAUUGUAGACAACUACGAACGUCUCAUCGAGCAAGUCGACAGACAAAGCUGCUACAUGGUCCGAGCGGACGAACUGUACAAUGAGGUCACUCAAGAUGCAUCGGGCAAGGGUGCAUCUCAGGGUAUGUUCGUCGGAUGCUUCGUCGACACCGCCACGGGCUGGGUGUCCUUCACCUGCGAAGGGAAGGAGACGAGUCACAAGUUCAAGAUGGAGCCGGACACAAAGCUGUUCCCGGCGAUCUUCGUCGAGGCCACCAGCAAAGAGAUCCUGCAGAUCGAACUUGGCAGAACCUCGACGACGCUUCCGCUAUCGGCCGCUGUGCUUCAGAAUUCCGAACGGCACGUGAUACCGCAGUUCCCGCCAAGAUUGAAGGUGCAAUGUCUGAAGCCGCACCAAUGGGCCAGAGUACCGAAUCAGUCUCUUCAGGUACACGCUUUGAAGUUGUCCGACAUCAGAGGCUGGUCGAUGCUAUGCGAAGACGCUAUCUCGAUGUUGGCUCUUCAUAUACCCGAGGAGGACAGAUGCAUCGACAUUCUCGAGCUUAUCGAAAUGGACAAGCUGCUCAGUUUCCACGCGCACACGUUGACACUGUACGCAGCUCUGUGCUAUCAAUCGAAUUAUCGUGCGGCGCACGCCCUGUGCCAACACGUUGACCAGAAACAAUUGUUAUACGCGAUACGAGCCGAAUACAUGUCCGGACCCCUGCGACAAGGAUUUUACGAUUUACUUAUAGCCCUACAUCUCGAAUCACACGCGACGACGAUGGAAGUGUGCAAAAACGAAUACAUAAUACCGCUUGGUCAAGAAUUAAAAGAUUUGUACGAGGACGAGGAGAUGAGGCACAGUCUCAGAUAUUUAGAGACCGAAUCUAUCCGGCCGCAAAUGAAGAUGACGGACAUCAGGAAUGUCCCUUCCAGUGAUCAGGCGAUCGAGAACAUAAAGAGCUUGUACAGCCCGCAUUUCCCACUCGACGUCGUGCGAGAUUACGUAAUGAUGGCGCUUAACGAGGCCGUAGAAGUGAAUCAGGUGCACAACCGAGAUCCGAUCGGGGGCAGCAACGAGAAUCUUUUCCUACCUCUUCUGAAGCUGGUAGAUAGAUUGCUCUUAGUGGGAAUGCUAAGAAACGAGGAUAUAUUUAAAUUGCUCAUCAUGAUAAAUCCCGAAACCUGGGACCCGACUUUUGAUAAAGAAGGAAAAGACGAGCACAGGAAGGGCUUGCUGCACAUGAAAAUGGCUGAAGGAGCGAAACUACAAAUGUGCUAUCUGCUUCAUCAUUUAAACGACAUCCAGUUACGCCAUCGCGUCGAGUCCAUCAUCGCCUUCGCCUUCGACUUCGUCGGAGAAUUGCAGGCGGAUCAGCUGCGACGUUACAUCGAGAUCAAGCAGUCGGACUUGCCAUCGGCUAUCGCUGCCAAGAAGACCAGGGAAUUCAGGUGUCCUCCGCGCGAGCAAAUGAAUGCCAUUUUAAGCUUCAAGAAUUUCGACUCUGAGGAAGAUCCGGAGAAUUGUCCUUGCGGCGAGGAUCUCAUUGUCAAAAUGAACGACUUUCACAGCGAAUUAAUGUCCUACGUAUCUCUGACCGCUCUUCAAGAGGCGGCCAAUGCCGCAAACGAACCGAUUGAGGAAGUUCAAAAGCCCGGUGCCAUGAAACGACUCUUCAAUUUUAUCAACGCCGUCAAAGAACUCGAGGAAGAAUCUAAACCCGAAGCCGAGCCUAAGAAAAAGACUCCGGAAGAGGUGUUUCGCAAAGUACUGAUAUCAACCAUCGUGAGUUGGGCCGAGGAGUCGCAAAUCGAGACGCCGAAACUCGUGCGAGAAAUGUUCAGUCUAUUGGUCAGGCAGUACGACACCGUCGGCGAGCUGAUCAGAGCCUUGGAGAAAACUUACAUCGUCAACAACAAGACGAAGGACGACGUCGCGUUGAUGUGGGUCGGCCUGAGCCAGAUUCGCGCUUUGCUGCCGGUACAGAUGUCUCAGGAAGAGGAGGCGCUGGUCCGAGAACGACUGUGGAAGUUGGUGAACAAUCACACCUUCUUUCAGCAUCCCGAUCUCAUCAGAGUGCUAAGAAUUCACGAGAAUGUGAUGGCCAUCAUGAUGAACACCCUGGGUAGACGCGCCCAGGCUCAGUCCGACGCUCAAACCCAGGCCCAAGCGGCGGAGGGUGGUGAGCCAGCGUCGAAGGAGAAGGACACCUCUCACGAGAUGGUCGUGGCUUGCUGUAGAUUCUUGUGCUACUUCUGUCGCACGUCCAGGCAGAAUCAGAAGGCUAUGUUCGAUCACUUUGACUUCCUGCUAGAGAACAGCAAUAUUCUGCUGGCAAGACCGUCCCUGCGAGGAUCGACGCCGUUGGACGUGGCAUAUUCCUCGCUGAUGGAGAACACCGAGUUAGCUCUGGCUCUGAGGGAACAUUAUCUGGAGAAGAUCGCUAUCUAUCUAUCGCGAUGCGGUCUGCAGUCCAAUUCGGAAUUAACGGAAAAGGGCUACCCUGACUUGGGCUGGGAUCCCGUCGAGGGUGAACGCUAUCUCGACUUUUUGAGAUUUUGCGUAUGGGUCAACGGUGAAAGCGUGGAGGAGAAUGCUAACUUGGUAAUCCGUCUGCUAAUCAGAAGACCAGAAUGCUUAGGCCCGGCUCUUCGAGGCGAAGGUGAAGGCUUAUUGAGAGCCAUUAUAGACGCUAACAAGAUGUCUGAACGCAUUGCCGAUAGACGAAAAGUGCACGAUGAGGCCGAGGGCACGGCUAUGGUGCUGCAAUUCGAGCACCCACUCCCGGAAUCGGACGACGACGAAGAUUACAUCGACACGGGUGCGGCGAUAUUAAAUUUCUAUUGCACCCUCGUCGACCUGCUAGGCCGCUGUGCUCCAGAUUCGUCCGUCAUAGAGCAAGGAAAAAACGAAUCUCUCCGUGCCCGGGCGAUCUUGCGAUCGUUAGUACCGUUGGAUGAUCUUCAGGGUGUGCUGUCAUUGCGAUUUACACUACUCAAUCCCGCCGCCGGUGAGGAACGACCGAAAAGCGACACGCCAUCCGGUUUGAUACCAGGGCACAAACAGAGCGUUGUGCUGUUUCUCGAGCGCGUUUACGGCAUCGAAACGCAAGAGUUGUUCUACAAGUUACUGGAGGAAGCUUUCCUGCCAGAUCUUCGUGCUGCCACCAUGCUCGAUAGAAACGACGGCUACGAAUCCGACAUGGCGCUCGCUAUGAAUCGGUACAUAGGAAAUAGCAUUCUGCCGUUGCUAAUCAAGCACUCCAAAUUCUAUAACGAGGCGGACAAUUACGCGAGUUUACUCGAUGCCACGUUGCACACGGUCUACCGGCUCAGUAAGAAUCGAAUGUUGACGAAGGGCCAACGCGAAGCCGUCUCGGACUUCCUUGUCGCGUUGACUAGUCAAAUGCAGCCGAGCAUGUUGCUUAAGUUGUUACGAAAACUGACCGUCGACGUGUCCCAAUUAUCAGAGUAUACUACCGUUGCUCUCAGAUUGUUGACGCUUCAUUACGAACGCUGUGCGAAAUAUUAUGGGUCCACCGGGUCCACUGGUCAAGGUACUUACGGCGCAUCGAGCGACGAGGAAAAACGUCUCACGAUGGUUCUCUUCAGCAAUAUAUUUGAUUCCCUGUCCAAAAUGGAUUACGAUCCGGAAUUAUUCGGGAAAGCGCUGCCUUGCCUGACGGCCAUCGGUUGCGCCCUACCGCCGGAUUAUUCGCUAUCGAAAAAUUACGACGACGAGUGGUAUGGCAGUAAAUCGGCCUCGGCUCAAUCACCCGACGGUCCCUACAAUCCGCAGCCAAUCAACACCUCCAGCGUGGUGCUUAAUAAUGAUCUCAAUCAAAUUGUACAAAAGUUCUCCGAGCAUUAUCACGACGCUUGGGCUAGCCGUAAGUUGGAGAACGGUUGGACCUACGGUGACUCCUGGUCGGACGUGAAUAAAACUCAUCCGAGACUGAAACCGUACAACAUGUUAAGUGAUUACGAACGAGAGCGAUAUAAGGAGCCCGUCAGAGAGAGCUUGAAAGCUCUGCUGGCGAUUGGCUGGAGCGUGGAGCACGCGGAAGUCGACGUGCCGUCGACCAAUCGCAGUUCCAUGAGAAGAUCUUCCAAAAGUCAAGGCGAUUCAGCAAAUCCAUUUAAUUACAAUCCUCAUCCGGUGGACAUGACUAAUCUGACGCUAAGCAGAGAAAUGCAGAACAUGGCCGAACGUUUAGCGGACAAUGCACAUGACAUCUGGGCAAAGAAGAAGAAGGAAGAACUUAUGACUUGCGGAGGUGGCAUUCAUCCCCAGCUGGUACCAUACGAUCUGUUGACCGACAAGGAGAAACGUAAGGAUCGCGAGCGUUCGCAGGAGUUCCUCAAAUAUUUACAGUAUCAAGGUUACAAGCUUCACAAACCUAAUCGCGGCGGUACGGAAACCGAGGUGGCUGGCGCGGUUGCCGCGGUAGAACUGAGAUUCGCUUACUCAUUACUCGAGAAGUUGAUAGCUUAUCUGGACAAGGCGACGAUCAACAUGAAGCUGUUGAAACCCUCCGAUACGUUCAGCCGACGAAACAGUUUCAAAACCUCAACGAGGGAUAUCAAGUUUUUCAGCAAAGUGGUCCUCCCGUUGAUGGAGAAAUACUUUAGCACGCACAGAAACUACUUUAUCGCUGUGGCCACCGCCACGAACAACGUCGGCGCGGCGUCGUUGAAGGAGAAGGAGAUGGUGGCUGCUCUUUUCUGCAAGCUGGCAAGUUUGCUGAGAUCGAGACUCGCCGCUUUCGGCGCGGACGUCCGGAUUACCGUUCGUUGCCUGCAAGUGCUGGUAAAGGGCAUUGACGCCAAGAGUCUCGUGAAAAACUGUCCGGAGUUCAUCCGAACGUCUAUGCUGACGUUUUUCAACAACACCGCCGAUGAUCUAGGCCAUACAAUUCUGAACCUUCAGGAAGGGAAGUACAGCCAUCUCAGAGGCACCCAUUUGAAAACUUCCACGUCCUUAUCGUACGUCAACAGUGUGGUUCUGCCGGUGCUCACUGCAAUGUUCGAUCAUCUCGCCGCGUGCGAAUACGGCAGCGACUUGUUACUUGACGAAAUUCAAGUCGCAUCGUACAAAAUGUUGGCGUCACUCUACACUCUCGGAAUAGACGCCAGUCUAACGCAUGAUAGAAAGUACCUGAAGACUGAAAUUGAACGACACAAACCUAAUCUAGGCUCCUGCCUGGGUGCCUUUUCGAGUUGUUUCCCGGUAGCUUUCUUAGAGCCUCAUUUAAACAAGCACAAUCAAUUUUCUCUCCUAAAUCGAAUCGCGGAUCAUUCUCUGGAGGCUCAGGACAUCAUGACGAAGAUGGAAUCGAGUAUGCCAACCUUGGAGGCCAUACUCAAUGAGGUCGAUCAGUUCGUCGAGUCUGAGAAAACUUACAACGACGCUCCUUAUGUCGUCGACGUAAUUCUACCGCUGCUGUGCUCUUAUUUGCCAUUUUGGUGGGCACAAGGGCCUGACAACGUGAAUCCGACCGAGGGUGCCUACGUCAGCAUGGUAACCAGUGAUCAUAUGAAUCAGUUGUUGAAGAACGUGCUGAAGCUGAUCAAAAAGAACAUCGGCAAUGAGAACGCGCCGUGGAUGACGCGCAUUGCUGCCUAUACGCAGCAAAUCAUCAUCAAUUCGUCCGAGGAGCUGUUAAAGGAUCCGUUUUUGCCUCUCGCCGAACGCGUCAGGAAGCGGACGGACACCAUGUUCCACAAAGAGGAAUCUCUUCGGGGCUUUAUCAAGUCUUCGACCGAGGAUACCUCGCAGGUCGAGGCGCAAAUCCAAGAAGACUGGCAGCUGCUCGUGCGCGACAUCUACUCCUUUUAUCCUCUGUUAAUAAAAUACGUCGAUCUUCAAAGAAAUCAUUGGUUGAGAAAUAAUAUUCCCGAAGCCGAGGAUCUAUAUAAUCACGUGGCGGCUAUAUUUAACAUCUGGUCCAAGUCGCAAUACUUCUUGCGCGAAGAGCAGAACUUCAUAUCCGCGAAUGAGAUCGAUAAUAUGGUGCUCAUCAUGCCCACGGCGACAAGAAGACCUGCCGCGGUGUCCGAUGGCACCGCGCCUUCCGGAGGAGGCAAGAAAAAGAAAAAAAAUCGCGAUAAGAAGAGAGAUAAAGAUAAGGAGGUACAGGCAUCUUUGAUGGUCGCCUGCCUGAAACGAUUGCUACCCGUCGGUCUGAAUCUCUUCGCCGGUCGGGAACAGGAGCUGGUGCAACAUUGCAAGGACAGAUUCCUAAAGAAGAUGCCGGAAUCUGAUAUUGCGGAGUUUGCCAAGACUCAGCUAACCCUGCCGGACAAGAUCGAUCCCGCUGACGAGAUGUCCUGGCAGCAUUAUCUGUAUUCUCAAUUAGGUCAGAAGAAGGACGCAAUGGAGCCUGUGAAGGCGCAACAGCUGGAAGACGUUAUUGCCAGGAUCACCGACAUGGCCAAAGUUUUGUACGGAUUACACAUGAUAGAUCAUCCACAACAGCAGAGCAAGAGUCAAUACCGAUCAGUGGUGUCGAUCCAGCGUAAACGAGCGGUAAUCGCUUGCUUUCGCCAACUUUCCCUACAUUCCCUGCCCAGGCAUCGAGCGAUAAACAUUUUCGCGCGAACGUAUUACGAGCUAUGGCUACAAGAUGAGAACGUGGGUCAGGAAGUUAUGAUCGAGGAUCUCACGCAAUCGUUUGAGGAUGCUGAAUUAAAGAAAAUGGAUAAAGCCGAGGACGAGAGCAAGCCCGAUCCGUUGACACAGUUAGUGACAACAUUCUGCCGCGGCGCUAUGACUGAACGGUCAGGCGCUUUGCAAGAGGAUCCACUUUACAUGAGCUACGCUCAAAUUAUUUCCAAAUCCUGCGGCGAGGAGGAGGAAGAGGGUGAAGAAGAAGGCGGCGAGGAAGAAGGAGGAGCUUCGAUACACAGGCCAAUGCAUAAACUAAUGGAACAAGAAAUGGAGAAGCAGAAACUCCUGUUCCAUCAAGCUCGUCUAGCAAAUCGCGGUGUCGCGGAGAUGGUUCUCCUGCACAUAUCGGCGUGCAAAGGUAUUCCUAGUGAGAUGGUGAUGAAGACUUUGGAACUCGGAAUUUCGAUUCUGCGUGGCGGGAACAUCGAGAUUCAGCGAGGGAUGUUGAACCAUCUAAAAGAAAAGAAGGACGUCGGUUUCUUCACGUCCAUCGCGGGUCUGAUGAACUCCUGCAGCGUGCUGGAUCUGGACGCUUUCGAGAGAAACACGAAGGCCGAGGGUCUCGGUGUCGGUUCCGAAGGUGCAGCGGGCGAGAAGAAUAUGCACGACGCCGAAUUCACUUGCGCCCUGUUCCGUUUUAUCCAACUCACCUGCGAGGGUCACAAUCUCGAUUGGCAGAACUAUCUCAGAACACAGGCUGGUAAUACGACGACGGUAAACGUGGUCAUUUGCACCGUUGAUUACCUGCUACGACUGCAGGAGUCGAUCAUGGACUUUUACUGGCAUUACUCGAGCAAGGAGCUCAUCGAUCCCGCCGGCAAAGCGAACUUCUUCAAGGCCAUUGGCGUUGCCAGUCAAGUUUUCAACACGCUCACCGAGGUGAUUCAAGGUCCAUGCGCGCAGAAUCAACAAGCCCUGGCGCAUUCAAGAUUGUGGGACGCAGUCGGAGGUUUCCUUUUCUUAUUCUCGCAUAUGCAAGACAAGCUGUCGAAGCACUCCAGUCAAGUGGAUCUUCUGAAAGAGUUGCUUAACUUGCAGAAGGACAUGAUUACCAUGAUGCUUUCCAUGCUUGAAGGCAACGUCGUGAACGGGACUAUUGGAAAACAGAUGGUGGACACUUUGGUCGAGUCGGCUAGUAACGUGGAAUUGAUUUUGAAGUACUUUGACAUGUUCUUGAAACUGAAGGAUCUUGUAUCAUCGCCGAGUUUCCUGGAAGUCGAUCUUAAUAAUGACGGUUGGGUGUAUCCUAAAGAUUUCAAGGAGAAGAUGGAACAGCUGAAGAGUUACACCAACGAGGAAAUUGAAUUCCUUCUGGCCUGCUGCGAGACGAAUCACGAUGGCAAGAUAAACUACGUCGCCUUCAUGGAUCGCUUCCACGAGCCGGCAAAGGAGAUCGGUUUCAACUUGGCCGUACUGCUCACCAAUCUGUCCGAGCACAUGCCAAACGAACCGAGAUUAGCCAAAUUCCUCGAGACAGCUGGGUCUGUCCUGAAUUAUUUCGAGCCGUUCUUGGGCAGGAUCGAGAUCCUCGGCGGCAACAAGAAAAUCGAGCGCGUGUACUUCGAGAUCAAAGAGUCGAAUAUCGAGCAGUGGGAGAAGCCGCAAAUCAAGGAGUCGAAGAGGACGUAUUUCUACAACACGGUGGUCGAGGCGGGUGAGAAAGAGAAGCUCGAGACCUUCAUCAACUUUUGCGAGGAUGCUAUUUUCGAGAUGCAACACGCGAGCGCGUUGAUGACCGUCGAGGAGAGCGGCGGAAUCGGCAAGACGAGGGAAUCGUCGUACACGUACAUGACCGACGACGACGAGGAGAGAAAUAAGGAUCCAAUUAGGCGGAGUAUACAAGCCGUCAAGGAUGGCGUUUACUUCUUCUUCUACAUGUUCUCGCCUACCAACAUCAAGAACAAGAUCGCCGAGAUGCAACAGAUGACGAUACCCGAGCUCUUCAUUGGUUUCUUCAAGAUGAUCUUUUACGCCUUCUAUUAUUCCGGUUUCGGCGUCGGUUGCGUGCUCAAGUACUUCAUGAGCCUUCUGCUGGCGCUAAUGAGAGGACCACAUGUCGAGGAGCCGGUUGUAGUCAAGGAAGAGGAAGAGAAACCAUCGAGACAUUUACCCGCCUUGCCACCGACGCCGGAUGAGUCGAAUUUACAAGUGCAAGCCUUCGGAAUGGAUAUAACGAAAGAGGAAGGAGGGCAGAUAAAAAUAGCGCCGCACGAAUCGACUACUUCUACGCCGCAAUCCAGUAUUGAAGAAACUGGCGAGAGUACACCCGACGAGGGCACCGGCGAGGAGGCAGCGAGAGCUGAAGGAGGAGAGGGCGAACCACCUGUCACUUUAGCCGAUCUGCUCGGCGGGGAACAAGCUAGGGCGCAGGCUGCCGCAGCGGCAGAAGCAGCAGCGGCUCAACAAGCAGCCAUGGCAGCAGUUGAAGCCGAGGCGAAGCAAGAAACCACGGCCGAACCUUCCUCAGGAUCGAGCCUCGAUCUGUCAGAGUACAGUCACCGCGUGGUUUCCUUCUUGGCCAGAAAUUUCUACAAUCUGAAAUACGUCGCGCUAGUUCUUGCCUUUUGUAUCAACUUUAUGCUGCUAUUCUAUAAGGUUACGUCUCUGACUGACGAUUCGGACGUCGAGGGUAGCGGGGGAAUGUCAGAUUUGUUAGCGGACAUAUCUGGUGAGGGAACAUCAGGUUUAGCAGGUAGUGGCAUGGAAAUAGGCGGUAGCGGUGGUAGCGGUGAAAAUGGUUCGGAGGAGGAGGACGACGAAGUUCAGGAGUUUGUAGAGGUGUCCGAGGAUUAUUAUUACAUGGCCCACGUUAUGAGGCUACUGGCUGCUCUUCAUUCUAUCGUUUCACUCGCUAUGCUGGUUGCGUAUUAUCAUCUAAAGGUACCACUGGCUAUCUUCAAACGAGAAAAGGAAAUUGCACGACGAGUAGAAUUCGACGGAUUGUACAUAGCCGAAACGCCGGAAGAGGAUGACAUUAAGGCACAUUGGGAUAAAAUGGUGAUAUCGGCGAAGACCUUCCCCGUAAACUAUUGGGACAAGUUCGUCAAAAAGAAGGUCCGACAGAAAUACAGCGAGACCUACGAUUUCGAUUACAUCAGUAAUUUGCUCGGAAUGGAAAAGACUUCUUUCAGCCAGCAGGAAGAAGAAGGAUCUGGUUUGAUACAUUUCAUUGUAACUAUCGAUUGGCGAUAUCAAAUAUGGAAGGCCGGGGUCACCAUCACCGACAACGCAUUUUUAUACAGCUUAUGGUACUUUACGUUUUCAAUCCUCGGCAACUACAACAAUUUCUUUUUCGCCGCUCAUCUGCUGGAUGUCGCCGUCGGUUUCAAAACUUUACGAACGAUCUUGCAGUCGGUGACACAUAACGGCAAGCAGCUGGUCUUAACAGUGAUGCUGCUGACAAUCGUGGUGUACAUCUAUACCGUGAUAGCUUUCAAUUUCUUCAGAAAGUUUUAUAUACAGGAGGAAGACGACGAAACCGAUAAAAAGUGCCAUCAUAUGUUAACGUGUUUCGUUUUUCACUUGUACAAAGGUGUAAGAGCCGGUGGUGGUAUAGGCGACGAGAUCGGUGAACCCGACGGCGACGACUACGAGGUUUAUCGUAUAAUGUUCGAUAUCACGUUCUUCUUCUUCGUAAUCGUCAUUCUAUUGGCUAUCAUUCAGGGUUUGAUCAUCGACGCGUUUGGUGAACUUCGAGAUCAGCUCGAAAACGUGAAGACAAAUAUGGAGAGCAACUGCUUCAUAUGCGGUUUAGGAAAGGAAUAUUUCGAUGCGGUGCCGCAUGGGUUCGACACGCAUGUGCAACAGGAGCAUAAUCUAGCAAAUUAUAUGUUCUUCCUUAUGCACUUGAUCAACAAACCAGACACCGAAUACACGGGUCAGGAGACCUACGUGUGGAAUAUGUAUCAACAAAGGUGUUGGGACUUCUUCCCGGUGGGCGAUUGCUUCCGCAAGCAGAACGAGACGGUAGAGGAAGAGGCCAAAAAGAAAUAGAAUUAAUCCUAAUUCUAAUUAAGGUGAUCAAUGAAAUUGAUCUUACUUGACGAAGAGGACUUCUCAUCGAAUAGCGUCUUCGAUAACUCUUAGCGUAAAUUUUUGCUCAUCGAACGAGAGGUGUCAGCCGCGUCCGUUUAAAAUCAAAUUCGAAAGUUCUGCGUCUUAUCUCAUAAACGACGAAGGGAGGAUUUUUAUCUCGUAAACUUAUGUCUCCGUUUUCCACUUGACGAUUUAUCAUUAUUCAUUAUUAUGACUAACAGAUAGACUUUCUGGCGUGUGAAUGUAAUGCAUUAAUUGCGUGUAAUGUGAAGAUUAUACAGAGAAAUUUGCGUCCGAUGUGUCGUAGAUCGGGCAGGACGCAUAAAAUUGAAAAUAUUUUUUCAACUUUAUAAAAAUGACACAGAAACUGUGUCAUCAAAACCGGCAGUUUUCUCUUUUAGAUAGGCAAUCGUCGACAUAAAGCUCGAUUUUCUUUGAUCGGCGGUACGUUACUGUUUAAUCGAUGGAAAUGGCGGAACCAACUGCACAAAUUUACAUAUUCAUAGCGUAAUCAAUAUUUGCCUUCUUUUCAUACGACGGAUGAUCUACACUUACGCGUAAUUUUAUGCAGCGAUAACAAGGUUUGAGAACAUAGUAUAAGUUAAAGAUGUUUAAAGUUUAUAUAAUGUGCAAAUCUCUUUCAAACUGCUAACGAAAGCAGGAAUUUUUUGGACAUUGUAUAUGACUGAGCUCACAAUUUAUUAAAAAAAUGUCAAUAUAUUGUAAAUAAAAUUCUACAACAGGACUAUCUGGUAUAUAAUAAAUAAAGACAUACUUCUUUAUCUCG